GCAUGUGAGUGCUGUUUGUGUUGACCAGUGUCUGUUGUGAAUUGUUACAUGAGGAAUCAUAAAUGAAAGAAAACAAGAUACCUUUUGUUUCAAACGUCAUGUCCUCGACAGAUUUUAAAGCACUUGUACAACGACUGUACGCACUCCAAGAGGAACGUGUAGAAGCUUACAAGCUGUUUCAUGAGGGUCACGAGGCCUACCUGAGGACCGGUCCCCAUUACGACUUUGAGCACUACAAGCAGCUGGUGCAUGAGAUCACCAAGGCCUUUUCUGGCAUGUCCAAGGAGAUGCUGGGCAUUAAGGAACGUCUAAGUCAGGACUUCAACCGCUCCGACCUGGCAGAACACAUAGAGCAGCUGCAGAUCAAGGAGAAAGUCAAGCUGGAACUGACAGCCAAGCUGCAAUUGGCCAAGCAGACGGCCCAGGACCACCCAGAUGAAGAGGGCUACCAGGACAAGAUCCAGGAAAUCAGACAGGACAUCAUCAAGAACCAGCAGGCCCUGAGUGAGAUCUUACAAGACUUCAAGUAUGACUCUGAAGAGCCCGAAUGAUGAGAGGAGAGGGAGAGGGGGUGAAUAUCAGACUGGGGAAGGAGAGAGUAGUAAUGAUAUUGGGAUGCGGGAGAGAAGAGGUGAUGUCUGGAGGAUGAGGGAGGAUGAGAGAGGGGGCGCUUUCCGUGGACUUGUGGAGAGUCAUAAGGAGGCUGCACAACCACAUUGCUGACACUGACGAAUGCCCUGCUCCUCUCCUUCAACAAUCCUCUUCUUCUCUACUCAGCUCUCCUCAGCUGAGAGAGAGAGAGACUUCUUCACCACUCUCUCUUUCCUCCUGUCUUCAGAGAGCGAGAGAGAGAGAGAGACUUCUCCGCCGCUGUCUCCCCCUGUUCUUGUCUGAAUUAUUGAUCUCCUGCCUGAGUUGCCCACUCCUGGAGGCUUGCGGGUCGAAGGGAUGCCUCUCUCUCUCGCCACCACUCUCACCUCACCUCAUCUCACCGCCUCUGUCUCCCACCACCUGGCCACUGUUACCCAGAGGGAGGAGGAGGUGGAGGAGGAGGAGGUUGUUGAAGAGACCCCAGGACUCAUGCUGAGUAGGCUGCUCAUAUUGAUGUGUACAUGCAUACACAUUGGUGUGUGUGUGUGUGUGUGUGUGUGUGUGUGUGUGUGUGUGUGUGUGUGUGUGUGUGUGUGUGUGUGUGUGUGUGUGUGUGUGUGUGUGUGUGUGUGUGUGUGUGUGUGUUUUCUUACCUUGGCAUUUUUGUAUUAUCUGCACUUAGGGUGCAUCAGCCAGCCACUCUUACCCACUUAACCUCUGGAAAUGGACACUGCACUACUGUCUCUGUACCUGCAGUAAAAUCUAAAAAUAUCGACCUGCAUAUUGACAUUGAGCUUUCCUUUUUGAUUUUUUAAAAUACCUUCUUCCUUGUCAAUGCAGAUGUUAACACUCGCAGGUGUUAGUGCAGUGAUUUUUUUCAAUGGAUUCCCAAUUAAAAUCAUUUUAUAUUAA